AUGGCAGCCAUCACACUUCCAUCCAAGACAGAUCUCGCCCAAUUCUGGGUUGGCAAAGACAUGACCGAUGUCCCCAAGCCCGCCGCAGUGCUCGACCGAGCCAUCAUCCGCCGGCAUUGCCAACGAAUGAAGAACACCAUCAAAGCCCUCAACGUUGGAUUCAGAGCCCAUGUGAAAACACACAAGACUCUCGAACUCGCCGCAAUGCAAGUCGACGACACCGCACCCACAGCAAACUUCAUCGCCUCAACACUUCUCGAAAUCGAAAGUCUAACCGGCCUCCUAAAAGCUCUCCAAUCAAAGGGCCAACGCAUCAACAUCCUCUAUGGCAUCCCCCUCGUCCCAUCAAAAGUCGCCAAUCUCGCCAACUUAGCAAAAGACCUAGGUCCAGACAGCAUCUCAGUCAUGAUCGACCACCCAGAUCAAGUCCCCUUCCUCACUAACUUCACCUCUAUUGCGGGAUUUCCCGCUUGUGUCUUCAUCAAAGUAGACACAGGCUACCACCGUGCCGGCGUCCCGCCUGUAUCUCUGAAUAAGAACGGGCUUCUUGAGAAACUAGCCUUAGCCGAAGAAACAGGCUCUGCGCAUUUACUAGGCCUCUAUUCGCAUAGUAGUCUCAGCUACAGCGCCACUACAGCCGAGCAAGCUAUGGGACAUUUGAUCUCCGAGAUCCAGGGAUGCAAAGAUGCGCUGAACAGGUGGCUCCCUCUCCUCCCGAAGCGAGAAUUGGUUAUCAGCGUUGGCGCGACGCCACAGGUUGCAAGCUCGAAUAAUCUUGUUUCGGGAGCGACAUCGCCCAAAGCGAAGGAGUUGAUGGCGUUACUGAGGGAUCCGUGUGAGGGAGCGAAGGUGAAACUUGAGUUGCAUGCGGGCAAUUAUCCGGUUUUGGAUAUGCAGCAAGUUUCUACGAACGCGAGGAUUGGGGCGGGGAGGCUGGAGGAGGAGAUUGCGCUUUGCGUGGUAGCUGAGGUUUGUAGUAUCUAUAAUGAUGGAGAGAGAGAGAGGGCUGAGGUGUUGCUUGCGGCGGGGACUUUGGCGUUGGGAAGGGAGCCGUGUCCUAGUUAUUCGGGGUGGGGAGUGCUUUCUGACUGGGGCUUGAAGAAUAAGGAUAGGCUGGUUGUUGAGAGGAUCAGUCAGGAGCAUGCGAUUGUUGCGUGGGAGGGUGGGAAGGAAGGGGAUAUCCCGUUAGAGAUUGGGCAGGUUGUCAAGGUGUUUCCGAAUCAUGCAUGCGUGACAGGUGCGUAUUAUGGUUGGUACUUUGUUGUUGACUCGGAUGAGGAUCCGUCGGCGUCGAAGAUUGUGGAUAUUUGGAUUCGGGGACGAGGAGAGAAUACUGAUCCGUUGAUGGCGACGAGGUUUCAGUAA